AUGCGGCCUUCUGACGGCUGGUCUGUAUCAGCAAGAUGGGCCUUUUUGGUUCUGACUUCAAUUGUACAGCUUACCUCUGGAGCUGCCAUAGGAAACUCUAGCGGUAAAAGCUCUUUUGCUUCCACAUUGCCUGCAUCUACACCCUCUAGUCUUAGGACCAGCAGUGUACAAAGCAAAAGCUCCUUUAAUCCCUCUUCAAGCAGUCUUCCCUCAUCUGCACCUAAGCAAACAAGUUCUGCUGUCAUUGUAUCGAGCAGUGAUGCUUCUUAUGGCUUUGGAUUCAGCUCAUCCAACGUGAUUCCGCCAAGCUCCAAGUCCCUGAUUAGUACUGGAAACAUUGCUCAAAGCACGGAUAGCCCGGUGUCCUCGAACGUUCCAUCUUCUUCUCAACCUCAAAGCACCCCAUAUUUUACAUCAACCGCAAUACCGUCUUCUAGCACCGGAAGCCCAUCGUUUAGCAGCAGCAGCGGUAUUCCGGGAUCCUCUUUGUCGCGCACAAACCAACUAUCUAGUUCUGGAGGCUCUCGAAGCUCGGUUCGAAGCAGCAGCAACACUGACGCUUCGUCCACCAGUGCUUUCUCUACAGUCAGCACAAGCACUAGCAUCGGUGUCUCAUCAAUAACUCCGUCAAGCAGUGGUAGCAGCAAGAGCCUGUCUCCAUCCUACGCCAACUCAGGCGGACCUACCAUUGUAUCUUCCACGAUUGUCAAAUCAGGUAGCACUGUGGUAGUUCCGGUCAUAACUGGAGACACAUACUCAACCCCAAUUACUCUUCCACCUGUUACAUCGACUAUCCAAAGUUCUGAAGCGACAUCCAGUGUAUCUUCAGUGUCCUCAGAUAUUGCUGGCCUCAUCCCAAUCAUCAGUUCUUGGAAGAAGAACCCAGAUCCUCUUAAAACUGAUACCCUUAAUAAGGUGAAAAGCAUUCGAAGUGAAGUAGAAGGACUGAUUUCUGAUCUUGGUGGCUCAUCUUCCUCUUCAGGGUGUGGUUCAAAGAAGAAGAGAGGAUUGUUUGGUUCCAUUGGCGAUAUCAUCAUCUCAUUAUCAUGCAUUGAUGAAGAUCUGCAAAAGGUCACGGACGACAUCAACACAAAUAAUGUUGAUUCCAUUGACGACACGCUGGAUGAACUCACAGAGGAUAACGAAAACCUCACUGAGAACGACAAUGAAGACAACACCGAAAGCAGUUCGAACUCUGAUUCAUCAACCACCACCUCGUCCUCUACGUGCACAGAGUCAUCCACAGCAUUCAAGGUGACUGUCAAGUGUGUACCUACCUCUUUUGUUACUGGAAGUUCCACUCUUCCCACCACAACUUGCACGCCCUCGACCACUGUCACCACCGUUGGAUGCUCAGUUACCGGAUUGACGACCACCAUCUCAACCUCUGCCUCAGCAACUGGAACCCAAAUCCCAUGUGCUUCUGAUACAUGCGGCAAGUCAUGCCCGAUGAACAAGGGUCCUCUCAGUGGUGCUAGCAUGGGCGUUAUAGCCACCACAGAGAACUGUGCAUUGAUCUCAACAAGUACAACCGCUACCCUGCCAACUGGCAGCUAUGGUGUUGCUGGGAGCGUCGGAGUUACAGCUCCAACACAAUCUAGCUCUGCAUCUAAGAGGAGCCAACCCAACAGCCAAGAUAAUCACCUAGUGGAUCGCUCAUUAGUUGAACGUGCUCUUGCGGAUGUUUCCCCUCCCUACGCCGACUAUGUCAGGACGCUGACACCUACCUGGGUCAGUCAAUUGGGUGAUGCAUCAGGACAGUGGUUUGACUUCCCAACAUUUGGUCACUCGGCUGCUGGUGUCAAUGGUAUCUACGGAUGCACAGCUGUGAUCCUUGCAUCUGAGAAAGGUGUUUAUAUUUCACACAUUUGGGAGAACCCAGUCUUCAUCCACGGCGAUUACAGCCCAACCGAUGACAAUUACUUUGUAUCAACUGCCUUCAAUGCCCUACGGGAUGGUACUGCGUUUGCACAAAGUGUGACUGAACUGAUUGGAACUGAUCAAACCCCCGGUGUUCUGAAUGCCAUCUACGCCCCCAAAGUGUUUGUCCUUACGCCUUAUACCACGGACUUUGAUCGACAAAUGUUUGGCAUUUCAACUACGCUGAGGUAUCAAGACCGUGCAAACGACCUCGCGCAAAGACUCGCAAAUGCCAUCCCCGGCUCUGGUGGAGAAGGCAUUGUCAUGGGAUACACACGCACGAGUCAACAGGCAUCUACCCAGGAACCAGGCGUUGCAGGUAGAGCCAUUCUCGAAGUUGACCCCUUCCAAACAUGGCUCACCACACCCAGUGAUCCAGCUUCUGCGGGUCUUCAAGUUGGUCGCUGGCGCCUGUGGGUAGAGGAUCAGUUGAUUACUUACCAAGAUUUCUGGCUUCCCCAUGCCGCAGCUCCUGCAGGGGCUUUCCAGAAACGAGGUGAGGGUUAUGCCAACCCAUGUAGAAGCUACACCAACUCUUCCAGCUCUAGCUCUAGUAGCUCUGGAAUCAGUACCUCCCAAGUCUCGAGUGCGACUACUUUCCGGAGCUCAAUCUCUACCUCGCAACCAUUGCCUUCUGGAGACUCUCCAUCAUCGUCAAGGUUCCCGUCAGCCACAUCUUCAAUCUCGGGAAGUGUAUCAUCAUCGGCAAUAGCUUCAUCAUCACUUCCACGCUCAUCUUCCACGCCGUCUUCAGAAGCAAGCUCGUCAUCCACAGUAAACCCAUCAUCCACACCAAGCUUCUCAUCUAAAUCAAUCUUUUCAACACCACCUUCAUCCACAGGAUCAGCUUCAUUGGCAGCACCGGCCUCAUCUUCAGGAAUAACCUCAGCCCCGGUCACAUCUACGUCAAGCCUGACCUCAGCCUCAGCCUCCCGAAGCUCGUAUAUGUGUAUGAACCAAGGUGGUCCUAAUGUCGCAACACCGCACUGCCAGUGUUCAACAACAUCUGACGGACAGAGCUACUACGCGACAGCGCCUCUGAUUUCCGAUUACUGCACUGAUUACACCACUUUCCCAUCAAGCAUCACGCCAGAACCAACUGCAACUCAAGCUCCUACAACAGCGACCCCUGAGCCUAUCGUCAUGACCGAAGAUGGAAACAUCAUCUCCUACCCUUCGCGAACUCUUGAAUACGGAGAAGUCUACGGCAAGCAAUACACUUUCACAAAUGGCGCCGGCUCCCCAGUUACCUUGGAAACAGCGGCCCCGACCCAGACGGACGCCAACAACAAGGGCUCAAGUCAAUGCAAAAGUGUUGAUGAUGCUUGCCAGCGGGCCUAUGAGCAGUUCGAGGAUGAUACUGUCUACAGCGAUUUUGCAUCCUAUACUGCCAAGAUCCAGAGUGGCAUGGUUAUGGUUGCCACCUUUGGCCAGGCUGGUUGUGUUGCCCAGUAUAAGUGUGAUGACUAUGGAUUUGGAAUGACUGGACGACAGAUCAAGGAUGCGGUUGAGUAUAUGAAGGACAAUGACGGUGUUGAGAAGUGUGGAACUACCUAUCUUUCUAACUCCUGCCAUGUCACACUGAACUACUGCACCAGUUGCAAGUCACAACACUGA